AGAAAAUAAAAACUGAAUAAUAGGGUGGACAAUUCAGUAGAAAAGUUUGGAUGUAGAAUGGAGUUAGUGUCACUUUAGGUUCUUGACCAUAAAACAUAAAAGCAGAAAGUUAGUGGAAAUCUAGCCACUGAAAAUGCCCUAGGAGUUGGUUACCUAAUGGAGCUGUCUCCUCACCUCCAGAAAAAGGGCCAUUGUAUUGUAUAGGAAAUCUAGGUAUGAAUUCAUCCUUAUUCAUUUAAAGAAAUCCACAUUUCCUAGUUAUGCCCCAGGAGCAGUGGACAGUAUCUGGAUUGUGGUCUCUAGUAUCAUUCGCCACUAAAAUGAACCACCGCUGCUUCCUGAGUAAGGGCUAGAAAUGGUGCCAGAUGAACCCAGAACCGUAUUCCAAGACAGAGCAAGGAAGUGGACGGGAGCCUUUGUGGAACAAGUUCUGCAUCAAAAGCCUAAGUAAAAUAAAGUGCUAGGUAGUUCUCUUUCAUGCUGAAUUCUGAAAGAAUAAUGGCUGAAGCCAUGGGAGAAAGUGUCAUCCUGAGAGAGGAAGGGGGUACUGGGCACAUUCAGUUCUAUCUCUAGAAUCUACAGCCAGAGGCUAUAAGGGGGGCAAGGGGAGUAUCAUCAGUAUGCAGUGUCACAAUCCAGCUAUUAGAGAACCUGAGUAAGAAAAUGAGCUAAAGUGACUUAGAGCCACUUGUUAAAUAAAAAAUAAAAAUGUGUGUGCAUGGAUGUCCUCAGGUAUAAAGACAAAGGGCACAUAACUACUUGGUGUCCACUCAUUUGAGGGCCUGCUGUGCCAAAGCCAAGGUGAACAAGCAGGUGCAUUGUAGAAAGCCUCAGAAACCCAGAACCUUAAGGAAAAUGAGGCAUGUUCUAACCAGCUUACAGAAAUUAGGUCAUCCAACUGUGGGGGGUGUGCACCUGUAACACAAUGACUGAGGACGCUGAAUCAGUACCACAAGAUCCAGCCAGCCUUGGCAACUUAGCAUGACCAUGUCUCAAAAUAAAUAGGACUGGGGAUGUGGUAAAGGGCCCUUGGGUUCAGUCUCCAGUACCAAAAAAGGAAAAUUAGGCCAAAGACCCAAAAUAUCUGGGUACAUGACAUGAUUAUCAUUAAUGUAAGAGAGUGUUAUCUCUCGUUUAAUUUCUUGACUUCUGGAAAGUUUAGACCAGACCUGGUUAGGAGGAAUUGAAUCCGAGAUAGAAGAGGAGAUAGGUGUCUGCACCUGAGGAAAUGGCCUGCCUCUUACUGUUGCAGAGGGCUUGGGUAGUGCCCAACCUUUAUGGCAACACCCCACCUCCAAGUCACAGGGACUGUGGAAAGGACUUGUAAGGUACAGUAGCUUAGAGCAGCUCAGCCCAAGGGCUGGUGUGACUCAGCACAGUUCCUUUGUGAAUGUGUCAGGGCAACAUCUCUGUCCUGAACGCAUCCACUUGUGCAUUUAUAUGGGAACAUGUCUUUAAUCCUUAAUUUCUUCCUGGUUAACUUCCCUUCUCAGUCAGCCUUGCCUUGCUGCUGCUGAGAGAUACCAGAAAAAUACAGAGAAUCUGGCCUUGAACCUCCUCUUUUGCUUGUUUGGCCUUGGGCAAGCCAGUAACUUCUCAGCCAUACUUUUCUCAGGUGAAGUGUGGGCCAGGGUGAAGACAAAGUGACGUGAGCCUCUUCUCAGCAUCUGCUUUCCCUUGAAUGGAUGAACUACCCAGACUGCAGAACAGCACUCCUUUGUGCCUCUUAGGAUAGAAGACUGUAGUUGUGGCACUCCAGGCUGGUGGAGCCAGGAACCUGCUGGGUGGGGCUGAGGGUUGCUGCAGGGACUGAGGGUCUCUGCUGGAAAACACCUUCAGCCACAAAAUUUUAGUUGUUAAAGUUUCGAGAAGAGAAAGGGAGGCCGAGAUAUGGGGUAGAGGAUAAAUAUAUAUUUCAGAAGAGAAAAUUAGAAGCCACUUGAAUUAAGUAAAUGAUGAAAAAAAAAACUCACUUGCAGGUUAAGGUGAAUGCCAAAGCCACAGGAUAGGCUAAUUUAUUUUAAGUAUUUGAAAAAAUGUCUCAAUAGAUGCCUUGUAAAUAAGCGAGAAAGGCAAAAGGCAAACAGGACAGGACGACAGUGUGGAAGCUGAUGGGAUCUAUACCUGUGCCCUGUGUGCUGAAUAAUGGAUCAAGGUCCACAGGGAAUAAGUCUCAGGUGACGAUAAAAGGCCUUGUCCUUGCAAGUGAGGUAAAAGCCCACAAGGAAAGCUUACCAUCUCCGAGGGACGAAUGCUCCCAUUCGCAGGAUCAGGAAUUGAAGAGCUGGGUGGUCCUAUGAAAGGAGAGGAGUUCUUUUAGACCCUGAACUGCAUAAGACACAGGCCUGGGUGGGAGGUUCGUCUGACGGCAUAAGCAGGAAGGACCCAGGACAGUGACCCCUAAACUGCGCAUUUCCCAUUAUGGGAAGUUCAUGCUAAAGGCACACUUUAAGCUGCACUGCAGAAUUAGUGCCCAGAGAAGGCCCCUUGUUUUGUGUUUAAGGACGCAGUCUAGGAGGCGCGGGUCAAGGGAAACCUUGAUGCUCUUACCUUCGAGACCCCGGGCUCCUCCGCUGCUUUUCCGGCUAGCUGAAGUCACCUGUGCAAAGGCGGAGGCGCACGCUUCACCAACCUCCGGAAGGGGGCGGUGGAACUGAAAAGCGCGAGUACAUGGCAAUUUGUAUCCUUCCCUCCUGAGCUUUCAGCGUUGGCGUCCUUGGUUGUCGCGUUCACCCUUUUCUCCCUCUCAACGUGAUGUCAUCAACUCAACAGAAGCCCUUGGCCAUCACUUCCCAUCCCGGGUCCGAGCGCGAUCCGGAAGCCCGGGUCCGGCUGGGCGGACGCCCCGGCGUUGCCUGGCAACGGGGUCGCGAAGGAUUGGUCGCGUUGGGACACAUGACCCGAGGACCGACACUUCCGGCACUCCCGGAAGUGUCGUGCGCGGCGUGGGCGCCAGGCUCCGCCCCCAGCAGAGGCGGAAGUGGAGCCGCCCGAGUCUUGCCGCGUUGCCGCCGGUUCCAGGGUCCAUGGCCGCCUACUCCUAUCGCCCUGGCCCGGGUUCCGGCCCGGGCCCAGCUGCGGGCGCGGCGUUGCCGGACCAGAGCUUCCUGUGGAACGUCUUCCAGCGAGUUGAUAAAGACAGGAGUGGGGUGAUAUCGGACAGUGAGCUUCAGCAGGCGCUAUCCAAUGGCACAUGGACCCCGUUUAACCCAGUGACUGUCAGGUCAAUCAUUUCUAUGUUUGACCGGGAGAACAAGGCUGGCGUGAACUUCAGCGAAUUCACAGGCGUGUGGAAGUACAUCACAGACUGGCAGAAUGUCUUCCGCACCUAUGACAGGGACAACUCUGGAAUGAUCGACAAGAACGAGCUCAAGCAAGCACUCUCAGGUUUUGGCUACCGGCUCUCUGACCAGUUCCACGACAUCCUCAUUCGGAAAUUUGACAGACAAGGACGAGGGCAGAUUGCCUUUGAUGACUUCAUCCAGGGCUGCAUUGUCUUACAGAGGUUGACGGACAUAUUCAGACGUUACGACACGGAUCAAGAUGGCUGGAUUCAGGUGUCCUAUGAGCAGUAUCUCUCCAUGGUCUUCAGCAUUGUGUAAGGCACGCCUUGUGGACAGCAGCACAUCAUAUGAGAAAAGACUGACAAUGCCAAACUCCUUCCCUGUAACAAGUGGGGACCCAGAUGCACUUAGAUGCUGCUCUUCACACUUGGGGACCUGGCUGUACCUAUGUGGAUAAGCUGACUACGGCUUUGCAGUCGCAGCAGCCACCAUGUCAACAUAAGAAACACUGGGUUGGCUGGCCUGCUAAUUGUGCCAUGAGGCGAAACCUAAUAAUGGUUCAGGUAUUCUGCUCCCAAAAUGCAUCAUGUACUUUCCUCAAUCUCCAGUUCUGUAGUGGAAAUGCUUUUAUCAGCCAAUAGAAUUUUUAAGUGAAAUGAACUUGCACAGAGGCUUUCACGUGCCUUACUUUUCUAAAAGGAGUUUAUUGUAUUCAUUGGAACAGGCAACAUAAGCAAUAAAGUAAAGGUACAGACUCAA